AGGAAGGCAACAAAACCAACACGUCAUAGUUUUCCUAACGUCCAAGGGUGAAUAAUAAUGUUAGUACAAAUCCUGAAUAAGGUAUAAAAAACUUAAAGGUACUCAUCUCCAAAGCUGUAGUUACCAUGUAUACCACUCUGCUUAUUACAGGGAUAGUUGCAGGGAUUUAUAUAAUCGUGUACAAUGUUUUCAUUAAAAGACAGAGGUGUAAAAGCUCUACAACAUUGCACGGGAAGACUGCGAUCGUAACAGGGGCCAACACAGGCAUUGGAAAGGCCACAGCCCUGGAAUUGGCCAAAAGAGGGGCGAGGGUCAUCCUGGCCUGUCGAAGUCAGGAAAGAGCAGAGGCUGCCGUCCGUGACAUUAAGAGGGAAAGUGGGAAUGCAGAAGUGGUGUACAUGCAGCUGGACCUGGCGAGCCUGCAGUCGGUGCGCUCCUUCGCUGAGACCUUCCUAAAGACAGAACCAAGACUGGACCUUCUCAUCAACAAUGCAGGACUCUUCGUGGAAGGAAAGACAGAGGAUGGCUUUGGCAUGAUCUUUGGUGUCAAUCACCUCGGUCACUUCCUGUUAACUCUUCUGCUGCUGGAGCGUCUGAAGGAGUGUGGCUCAAGCCGAGUGAUAAAUGUGUCCUCCAAAGCUUACAAUUUUGGAGCCAUUGAUUUCAACUACCUGAGCACUCACAAAGAGCUUGGUUUGGGGGGCAGCGGCUAUCGGCUUUUUAAAUUGUACGGCCACAGCAAGCUGUGUAAUGUGCUCUUUACUCAUGAGCUGGCGAAGAGACUGCAAGGAACCAGUGUCACCUGCUACAGUCUGCAUCCAGGACCAGUCAAAACGGAAAUAGCUCGUCACACCAGUAUAUGGUGGAAGACCUUCCUCAUUCCUACAAGCUGGCUGUUCUUUGUGGACCCAGAUUCUGGUGCCCAGACCACCCUGCACUGUGCCCUCCAGGAGGGCAUUGAGCCGCUGAGUGGCCGUUACUUCUCCGACUGUGUCGAGGAGGAAGUUCUCCCCAAGGCCAAAGACGACGCGGUGGCCAGGAAGCUGUGGGAAGUGAGCGAGAGACUGAGCGGGCUGUCCUGAGAGAACAUCAGCACCUGGCCUCCCGCAGUCCUGAUGGCUACAGAUAGGAAACGUUGUUUUGUACACGAGCGCUUCGCGGGAUUUUGGCAAUAUCAUUUUAUACAAAGACCCUAGGCCAGGGGUCUGCAACCCUGGUCCCAGAGAGUUGCAGGGUCUUCUGAUUUUUUAAAUUUUUUACUGCUACUCAGCACUUAAUUAAUCAAUCAUGGGAGCUGAUUACACUGUUAGCUUUUCUGGUUUGCAUGUUCUCCCCGUGUCCGCGUGGGUUUUCUCCGGGUACUCCGGUUUCCUCCCACAGUCCAAAUACAUGCAGGUUAGGUUAACUGGGGAGUCUAAAUGUCCCCUAGGUGUACUCCUGCCGUUGCCCUUGACCAAGGCACUGGCCUCGGAACUCGAGUUGGUCCCCGGGCGCCGCACUGUGGCUGCCCACUGCUCCUAAGUAACUAGGAUGACAAGAUUAAUGUCAGUUAUAAUAAUGCAAGCAUUUCACUCAAUGAAUGAAUGAAUGAGAAAUUUAAUUAUUUUACAUGUUUCAGUGAUUUUUAACUAUUCAACAUAUAAACAUUGUACUUCCAAACAAUGUCCAAUUUGAAAAAUCAGUUAACUUGCAAAUCAAUUUUGUAUGAUAUGAUUUCAUAUUAACAUAUAUAAUAUUAUUUAUAUAUUAAAUAUAUCAAAUAUAUGAAAUGACUGAUCGAAUAUCCCCUGGAUUUUGUCAUUCACAUGUGUUUGGAUUUCAAAUGAUUCAGCGAUUACCUUAAAGGAUUGAUGUGAUUAUCAUUUGUACAGAAAUUAAUGAUUGGUAAAUUAAAAAUCGAAUUGCA